GCUUUAUCGGUUGGUCUGUUUAUGACCUACUUAUAUAAUUUGUGUCACUAACACUCGUGUAAAUUGCAAAGUACCAAAGUGUUUUUGCUCUAUAAGGAUUAUACAUUUACACAGAGAAUGAAGAUUCUGGUUUUGUUAACGGCUUGCCUUCUGGUAGCAGCUGAUGCCAGACCGACAAAGGAGGAGAGAUUCCUGAAGGACACACUACAGGGUGUAUUAGAUCAGCUGAAGGUUCAACUCCAUGCCUUGGGAAAUACUUUUACCGAUACAUUUAAACAAGUUGGACAGGCUGCAGCACAGUCCGGGUCAGAUUUACUCAGUCAGACUUUACAACAAGCAACACAACUUGCAGCAGCUGGUGCAACAAAUCUUCUAACAAAUCUCCAACACAACACAGAUCAAGAUCCAAGCAAGAGAUUUCUGAAAGAUGACGUACAACACAUUUUGGCACAGUUGAAACUUCAGUUGCAUGCAUUAGGUGGAACAUUCAAUGAAACUUUUAAACAAGUUGGACAAGCUGCUGCACAGCAGGGGACAGAUUUAUUACACCAGGCUUUACAACAAGGAACAAAUCUUGCAGUGAAAGGAGCUUUUAAUUUGUUGACUAAUCUUGCACAUCCUAAUAGAACAACAGCAAGCAAAAGAUUCUUAAAAGACACAUUCCAAGGCGUUUUGGGCAAGCUUCAAGAACAACUAAAUGCCCUUGGACAAACAUUUACAGAAACAUUUAAACAAGUUGGACAAGCUGCUGCUCAACAAGGAACAGAUCUUUUGAAUCAAGCUUUACAACAAGGAGCACAGCUUGCUGCAAAUGGGGCAACAAAUCUUCUGACUAACCUUCAACAUCCCGACGGAACAAGAAAAAGGUUCUUAAAAGAUACAUUUCAAGGUGUCUUGGAUCAACUGAAGUUGCAACUCCAUGCUUUGGGUGAAACCUUUGGAGAAACUUUUAAGCAGGUCGGGCAGGCUGCUGCACAACAAGGAACAGAUCUAUUAAACCAAGCUUUACAACAAGGAACACAAUUAGCAGCUAACGGAGCAACAGGUCUUCUAACCAACCUUCAACAAGCAGCAGCCAAGGACGGAACAAGGAAAAGAUUCCUGAAAGACACAUUCCAGGGCGUCUUGGACAAGCUUAAAGAACAACUAAAUGCUCUUGGACAAACAUUUGGAGAAACAUUCAAACAAGUAGGACAAUCUGCUGCUCAAUCAGGGACAGAUCUUUUGAACCAAGCUUUACAACAAGGAGCACAACUUGCUGCAAAUGGAGCUACAAAUCUCUUGACAAACCUCCAAAAUCCUGAUGGAACAAGGAAAAGAUUCUUAAAGGACACAUUUCAAGGAGUUCUUGAUAAACUUAAUGAACAGCUGAAAGCUCUCGGGAACACAUUUACAGAAACAUUCAAACAAGUAGGACAAGCUGCUGCUCAACAAGGAACAGAUCUUGUGAAUCAAGCUUUACAGCAAGGAGCACAGCUUGCUGCUAAUGGAGCAACAAGUCUUCUAACAAAUCUCCAACAUCCUGAUGGAACAAGGAAAAGAUUCUUGAAGGACACAUUCCAGGGAGUUUUGAGCAAGCUUCAAGAACAGCUGAACGCUCUCGGGCAAACCUUCUCAGAAACAUUCAAACAAGUAGGACAAGCUGCUGCUCAAUCAGGGACAGAUCUUUUGAACCAAGCUUUACAACAAGGAGCACAGCUUGCUGCAAAUGGAGCAACAGGUCUUUUAACAAAUCUCCAACAUCCUGAUGGAACAAGGAAAAGAUUCUUAAAGGACACAUUCAAAGGAGUUCUGGACAAGCUUCAAGAACAGCUUAACGCCCUUGGACAAACCUUUUCAGAAACAUUUAAACAAGUAGGACAAGCUGCUGCUCAACAAGGAACAGAUCUGUUAAAUCAGGCUUUACAACAAGGAGCACAGGUAGCAGCCAACGGAGCCACAGAUCUACUCACAAACCUGCAGAAAACAGAUGGAUAGACAGAUACAACAAAUUAAAGUGAUGUUAUUUAAA